CUGCGCUCCCAUUCUUGUGCCUGUGCCUUCACCUGCACCUGCACCUGCACCUGGUCUGGGGAACCGAAGCCACUGACUGCCAUUUCCACUCUGAUGUCCGUUUCAGCAUAUUUGUCACCACUGCCUGCGUGACCAUCAUCAUUGUUGUACCUUCCUUCCAUCAAUCCGUCAAUUUACAUCUUCCUCAUCCUUUACUCCCACCGACCUACAUUCCGGUACUGUCCUCAUGUCUUGGUGCCUUUAUUCUCUCACCAUGACUUCAUGACCCCCUCGAAAUGCAAACAUCUCUCUACCGUUUAGACUUGAUGCUCCCCCACGUCAGGCACGAUGUCGGUCAACACCCACGAGAGACGUCCAUCGGGCCUUCGUCUAGACAAGUCCAGACCCGACAAUCAAUAUGAAGAAGGCCAGGACUAUUGUCGGAUUUGUCGAGGUGAAGGCUCUCCCGAACAACCAUUAUACUACCCUUGCAAAUGCAGUGGGAGCAUCAAAUUCGUCCACCAAGAAUGUUUGAUGGAAUGGCUUUCUCAUUCCCAGAAGAAAUACUGCGAGCUAUGCAAGACAUCUUUUCGCUUCACAAAACUCUACGAUCGUUCCAUGCCAGCCACACUGCCCCUUCCUCUCUUUGUCCGCCAACUCGCACGACACGGUUUCAAGUCUCUCGCACGUUGGAUCCGCUAUACAAUCGUGGCCCUGAUUUGGGUGUGUUGCCUGCCAUGGUGCAUCCGACAAGUAUGGCGAGGCAUGAUAUGGUUUGCAGAUGGCACAUGGGAGGAGAUGGAGUCGCAUCUGUCCACUGAUGUCCUUGCCAGUGGUACCUCCACCGCUUCAAUACCUGUCCGAACGUUUGCCGCCAACUUCACAAUGCCAGAAUACCUUGAACGCAUUAAACUGGUCUUUCCUCCCAUGCAGCUCUCGCUGGCCGAUAUUGCUCGGGCUUUCCUCAGUCAGGGUUUGAUUGGAAGGCUAUUGCAAUUGAUACUCUCCUUGUUUAUGCCUCUAGCUCCUUCAAACACCGAGGAGGCCAUCUCUUCCAACAUGACCUCAACGGUACAGACUUCGAAUCGACCGCCCUCCCUCUUAUCUAACGUCCACUUCUUCGGCACCUUGUCCAAAUCUCCUGCUAUCAAUGGCACAAUCAUCGAUAUUGUGGAAGGCCAAUUGAUAUGUGUCUUCCUGGUUACUGCAUUCAUUCUUGUGUUCCUCAUUAGGGAGUGGGUCAUAAAUCAACAACCAAAUCUGAACAUGCCAGAUCCUGAUCUUGCCGAUUUUGCUGCUCCAGAACCUCAGGCUCAGGGUGCAGAACAGCCGGCAAAUCCUCCUGUGGACGCAGAUCACCCAACCGGGGCUGAUGCUCAAGAUCUCGUACCAGGUGAAAAUCCCGACCCAAGGCUACGCCGAGUUGUGUCAGACAACAACAUUCUACGUGUCAGAGGGAAUGGCUUGGAGCGAGCCGACCUACCUGUGAGGUCCCAAAGUCUAGAGGACGAUCGUAGCAGCACUCCGGGCUUGGACAACGACGAACCCGCACUAGGGGAGAGCAAUGGUAUAUCCGAUCAGAGUCUGAGCAAUUCUAUUCUUGUCGAGCGAGCAUUCGGAGUUUCGUCGGGGAGUGAUGUACCUGAAAGGGAGAGAUUUCCCGUAUAUUUCCAGGACUCCACGGCCAAUGGCGACCCUGAGUUCUUCACUUCAGAACACUUGGAUCGGAUUCAUGCUGAGUCAAUGGAAACUUCUUCAUCGACGCCUGCGCAUGGCCAUGAUCGCCGCGUCUCCUUCGCAGGUGAUGUCACGAUGGUGGGCGAACACGGUAGCGAGGAGCCAAUGCCUCCUACGGAGGAUACCGAUUCAGAAGGUGUUCCUAUUCCGACGCCUGAUUCGAGUGAAUCCGAUCGGGCGACCGAGAACAAUGAGAUAGCAGCCAGCGCCAGCAAUGCUACCACUCCUGCCGAUCAGCCAGCCAGUAGUGGCACCCGAGGGUUGUCAGUCUGGGGAAAAGUUUCGAGAUGGCUGUGGAAUACUGAGGGCCUCGAAAAUAUUCAAAUUCUGGCCGAACCUCGACAUGGCCCUAAUGGGGAUAUCCAUCAUCAUCACGACGACGAGCACGUUGUUCAAGAUCCCUUCGAUGAGGCACCUUUCGUUCCAAACCACAACCGGGAAGCUCUCCAACCUCUUCUCCCCGAGAUUGAAGCACCAGCCCCUGCCGAGGCACGUCAACCAAACAUCGUCCUUGGUGUCGAUUUGAACGAUCCGAAUGCUGCAGAGGACGUAGAAGACCUAGAUGGGGUUCUGGAACUGCUCGGAAUGGAAGGUCCAAUUUUUGGCAUGGUCCAGAAUGUCAUCUUCAGCUUGUUCCUGAUCACGGUGACUUUGACAGCCAGUGUAUGGUGCCCUUACGUCUGGGGCAAGAUUGCGCUCCUGUUCAUGCACAACCCGGCAAUGGUCAUGAAGGCGCCUCUCUUUGUCUUGUCCACAGGUGCGGAUGUUGUGGUCGAUGUUGUCCUCUUCACUACCGGCCUUGCUGGCUUCAUUCUGAACCAACCACUCAAGGUCGUCAAAGCCAUCAUAUCCCCAGUCGUACCUGCAAUCCCGAGAAUCCUGGAUACUGCAUUUCUGGAGGGGUUGAGUCUGGACCUCAGUCAGAAGAGUGGUGCACGUAUAGAAAAGACCUUGUCCGGUGCUCUGUUCGAUCUCAGGCCUGAUCUCCCAGUCUUUUCCAUGUUAUCCCAUCACGCUCUUCUCACGAUCAAAGCACACAUCCGUGAAAAUCUACGGUGGACGUCAUCGGCGGUAGUCGGAACUUGGGACUCUCUCUCGAAUGAACCUCCAUCCUUUAGAGUCGUUCUCGGCCUGGUGGCCGAAUUUGUCAAGACAUCUCGUCAAUGGCCAGCAGCAGCUGCACAGCUUUUCCGCUCGAUCAUCGAGGCAGUCCGCAGACUCCCUGAUGAACUUACGCUGACGCCUUCUAAACCUCACGUCUCCCUUCAGGUCGACAAGUCAUUGGUCGAAUGGAGUAUCGAGGACCGGUUCAUCACCAUUAUGAUUGGUUACGCUUUCUUUGCGGCCGCCAGCAUAUUGUGCCUGGAGUUGGCUCAUCUUGUCAUGGGCCUCAGAGAUAAUGAAAAAGUCGAAGGCUACCUCGCUGAUUGUCUCCGACAGGCUGGAGGCGUAAUGAAAGUUGUCGUUAUUAUCGGCAUUGAAAUGCUGGUCUUUCCGCUAUAUUGCGGACUUCUUCUGGAUCUGGCACUCUUGCCAUUAUUCGCCAAUGCCACCGUCGCUGGUCGAAUUGCGUUUAUCGCGAGGGCACCUUUUACCGGCAUCUUCAUCCACUGGUUCAUUGGAACUUGCUAUAUGUUUCAUUUUGCGUUGUUUGUAUCAAUAUGUCGAAAGAUCAUGCGAGCCGGCGUUCUGUAUUUUAUCCGGGAUCCUGACGAUCCCACAUUUCAUCCAGUGCGGGACGUUCUGGAACGACCCGUCCCGGCUCAGUUGGGGAAAAUUGCAUUCUCGGCGCUGGUCUACGGAGCCCUGGUCAUUGUGUGUCUCGGCGGUGUUGUAUGGUCAUUGAGUUGUGUCGACGACGUCCUGCCUAUACAGUGGGCCACACCUGAACCGAGAUUGGCCUUCCCGGUGGACAUUGUAUUCUACAAUUUCAUGCUGCCCUUUGUGAUACGAAAAGCCGAACCCUCCAAAAAGAUCUCAGCAAUAUACAACUGGUGGUUUCGAGGAUGUGCUGGGGCUCUGAGGUUGACAGAUUUCCUUUUUGGGGAAAAGGUCGAAGAAGAGACCUACAGCACUCCUCAUCGAUUUUGGGGUCUCUUCACAGGCAAAGCUCUUAGCAGUGAGCAGCAAAAGGACGGAACAUAUGUUCGGGCUCCAGCAUCAGAUUCGGUGCGGAUUCCGAAAGGAUACCAGGUCUUUCUUGAGGUCAACGAGCAGAACGAAAGAGUCGAUGGCCUGCCUGAUCCUUACUUUGGAAAUCAUGGUAAAAAAGAUCCGCGUUUUACCAAGGUAUACUUACCGCCGAAUUUUGGCGCUCGGAUUACUACCUUUGUUCUCUUGUUGUGGCUCUUUGCUGCCUCGACAGGGGUUUCUUUCACCAUAGGACCGCUCUUGCUUGGUCGAAAGGUCAUACAGUUUCUCUCGAAGUCGGCUCUUCCACCAAACGACUUGUAUGCAUUCACCAUCGGCAUUCACCUAUCAGCGGCGUUGGGCUACCUGAUUGCUUACGCACGACCAGCAUCAAAGUAUCUCAAAUCCAAGAUUCCGGAAUGGUUCGGGUCACAAUUCAUUGCAUCAACGAGGUACUUUUUUGGCCUAGCAUAUCUCGGGACUUUUACCGCGGUCGUUCUUCCUCUCCUGCUCUCAAUGAUCACGGAACUUUAUAUUCAUAUCCCACUCAUCACCUAUCUGGAAAUGGGCUACGAGAAAGCGACUCCGAAGGUAUCACCUACUGCGAGUGAACGUGCAGCCACGAUUUAUGUCCUUCAAUCGUGGACAAUUGGGUUACUCUAUCUUCGCCUACUGCUGAGACUGUUCAUGCAUCAUGCUGGCUCUACUUCCCAAGUCACUACGGCCUUGCGCGCCAUCACCCGCAACGGCAUCCUCAAGCCAGACGUGCCACUUGCAAGCCGUGCAUUCGUCUUGCCAGCCAUCGUGGUCUUUGGUGCUUUCCUGGUCGUCCCAUUGGUAUAUGCCAAAGCCAUCAUGCUUGUUACACACAUUCAUGACCACGAAGCUCAGAUGCGUUUGUAUCGAUUGGCCUACCCAGGGGUAUUGUGCUUGCUGGUCACUUGGCUUGGUUUCCUGGAGUUGCAGCGACAAGUAGCGACUUGGAGGGUGAAGGUUCGUGACGAAGUGUACCUGAUCGGAGAGCGGCUGCAUAAUUUCCAGGAGUCUAGACCAUUGAGGUCUGGAAAGGAAAGGGCAGCUUGACAAGGUUUAUGAGAUUGGUACCACUGGAAGCGAUGAAGCCCGAUCAGGUCGAGGGACAGCCGUCAGGAUCCCAAUCUGGUCUUUCAGCGCUGUGUUUUACAUUCGGAGGGCAUGCAUCCUC